CUACCAAACACAGCGUUAGUGGCAUAGUGUUAGGGCCGCCUCUCAAAGUUUCAGCCCAUCGUCUCUUUCCGUCUCCCUCAGUAUUACCUCACGCCGACCUCACAGUGCUCACAGCACAGGUCUGAAACUCGUCUCUUCUUCCCUCUCCGGCGACCCCACGCACCUCUUUCCCUUUCUCACGACGCACGGUCUGCAGCAGCUCGGAGCACGAACGACGAAGACAAACGACUUGUAGAAGCUUGGAGCUGGGACGGUGGACGAACGAGUUGCAGCAACGAACGAGAUUUAGUUAAAUCUGUGGACUAUCUCUCUGGCUCUCUAUAACUACAUUCUCGUCUGAACCCCCAUUGGCAAAGUAGCAGGCUGUUGCAAGUGUGACAUGCUCCUCAAAAUAUGUCCGUUCAUCCUGCCCCUAUUUAUGACCCGUGAUGUCUAGAAGUAUUUGGAAUCUGCAAGUGUACAUUGUGCAGUAGGAAUUUGAGGCAGGUUCACAGUAUUUAUCUGGGAGAAAAGCAGCUCGAGGAUCACAUCAUCACUCGCUUGCGAAAAUAGUUGGAAGGCGUUCUAACUAGUACAACAGAUUUUUGUCAAAUAGAAUUUGAAGAAAGGGGUAGAUAGGAAAAGUAAUGGAAACUGAAGAGCAUAAAGGAGAAGAAGAUAAACAAGCAACUAGUACUAAUGAUGUGAGCUGGAGUGGAAUGUUGGUGAAUCAGUAUCGGAAAAUUAAAGAGAAUGCAGAAACAUACCCUUAUGUUUGGGGUUCCUACAUUGUUGUCUAUGGGGGGUUUUCUCUUUAUAUGGCUUAUAGAUGGAGGAAGCUUCGAAAGACCGAAGACAGAGUUCGAGUCCUUCAGGAGAGGUUGCGCAAGAUUGUUGUGGCUGAGGAGUCCUCAACAACCUCAACUUCAACCUCUGCAGGUGCCUCCACCACCACCUUGGCUGAAAAUGCUCCACCACCUGUUGAUAAAGCCUCCAAAUGAGUGAAUUAUAUAUUGCUUCUGGUCAGUUUAAUCUUACCCUGAAAAAGUUGCUUGGGGAAUUUAAAACAAGUGUCCUCACUUCCUAAAAUAUAUAUUUAUUAUUUUUCUUAAAGAAACUUUGAAUAGAUUUGAGGUUAGUAAAUUUUUUUGCUCCACGAUUUUAUCAGAUUUGGUGGCUUUGAUUUUGAACCAUAUAGUUAAUAAAUGAUUGUUUUAGCAAAAUAUAUAAAUGGCUGCCUUCUACAAGCUUUUCAUCA